UCAACCACUCGGUUUCAUUUUCUUUUACUUGCCUCUGUUUUGCAUGGAGCAGUCAACUCCCUUGUUGGGUGUUAGGUAUUAGAACUCUAAACUCUGAAGGUAGCCACUUUAUGUCAGUCUUUUUACCGGCAAUCACCUCUGUUUCGCACGCGAAGAGGAAAAAGUAUGCAAGACCGUGGUGCAGAUAUUAAAAGAUUAGAUAAUAAACCCAUAUAAAAAUUAAGGGGAAAGUAGCAUUUAAGGCAAUUCCUUUAAAAUUUUUAAACAAAUUCAAAUGAUUUUUCUGUUCGAAAUCUAAGCCAAAGGGACAAAAAAGAGCGGCGUUGAUAGAUGAGAGAUAAAGAAGAGCCACUCUUGCAGUUGCACUCGCUAUGGCGUCCGGUCGAGAGAAAAUGUAUGUUUCUUCUCCAACAAAAGAACACGAAAACCACUCUCCUCCAAAUCCACGCUUUCAUGCUCCGUCACUCCGUCGAAACCAACCUUAAUAUCUUCACUAAGUUCAUCAGGGCAUGCGCUUCUAUUUCCUCUCUUUCCGCUAUAAACCACGCCCGCCGCUUGUUCGAUGUUAGGCCUCGCCGAAACGACACACUUCUUUGCAAUUCUAUGAUCAAAGCCCAUCUGGGUGUCAACCAAUUUACCCAAUCUUUCACUCUUUAUAGAGAUCUUAGGAAAGAUGAGGAGGGUUUUGUUCCCAACAAGUUCACAUUUUUGACCCUUGCGAAGUCUUGUGCUUUAAACAUGGCAGUCUGUGAGAGUUUACAGAUACAUAAUCAUGUGAUGAAAUUUGGGUUUUGCUUGGAUUUGUAUGUUUCAACAGUUUUGCUUGAUAUGUACGCAAAGCUUGGAAUCAUGGGUUCAGCAAGAAAGGUUUUCGAAGAAAUGCCUGACAGAAGUGUAGUUUCAUGGACAGCUCUGAUUUGUGGCUAUGCAAAAGCUGGGAAUAUGGAGAGAGCAAAGAAGCUUUUGGAUGAGAUGCCUGAGAAGGAGGAUUCUGUCUUAUACAAUGCUAUGAUUGAUGGGUAUGUUAAGUUGGGAGAUUUGGAUUCGGCUCGAAGUUUGUUUAAUCAAAUGCCAGAUAGGAACGUGAUUUCUUGGACUAUCAUGAUUAAUGGAUAUUGCAAUAGUGGUGAUGUUGUGUCUGCCAGAUUCUUAUUUGAUUCCAUGCCUGAAAAAAACCUAGUAUCUUGGAAUGCAAUGAUUGCUGGGUACUGUCAGAAUAGGCAACCUCAUGAAGCAUUGAAAUUGUUUCAUGAACUGCAAUCGACCACAUUGUUUGAGCCAGAUAGAGUUACCAUUGUGAGCAUUCUUCCACCUAUUGCUGAUUUGGGUGCUCUUGAAUUGGGUGAAUGGGUUCACCAUUUUGUUCAGAGGAAGAAACUUGAUAGAGCAACCAAUGUAUGUACAGCUCUUAUUGAUAUGUAUGCAAAAUGUGGAGAGAUAAAUAAAGCGAAAAAAGUUUUUGAUGAGAUGCCAGAAAGAGAAAUAGCUUCAUGGAAUGCCUUAAUAAAUGGAUAUGCUGUAAAUGGGUGUGCCAAAGAAGCAUUGCGUGUAUUUUUGGAAAUGCAGAAUCGAAGAAUCGUGCCAAAUGAUGUGACCAUGAUUGGUGUUUUGUCUGCUUGUAACCAUGGUGGUCUGGUGAAGGAAGGUAAGAGGUGGUUUAAAGCAAUGGCAGAAUUCAGGCUCACCCCGAAAAUCGAGCAUUAUGGUUGUAUGGUUGAUCUGUUAGGGAGGGCAGGAUGUGUGGAGGAAGCAGAGAAGCUGAUAGAAAGUAUGCCAUAUGAAGCCAAUGCAAUAAUUCUCACUUCACUCCUAUUUGCAUACUGGUCCUUGAAUAAUGUUGAAAGAGCAGAGAGAGUGCUAAAUAAGUUGGUCCAUAUGGAGCCAACUAAUCACGGCAGUUACGUGAUGUUAAGGAAUUUGUAUGCCGCUGAGAAAAGAUGGGAAGAUGUCGAAGAAAUUAGGAGAGAGAUGAGAAGGAAUGGGGCUAGAAAAGAGGCUGGCUGCAGUCUUAUUGAGGUUGAUAGUAGGGUUUUGGAGUUUGUAUCUGCAGAUAAACUGCAUCCUCAAUGGGAAUUGAUACGGUCUGUGUUGCUGCAGUUGCGUAUGCACAUGAGGGGACAACCAGAGAUGGAAGCUGCUUAAGUUGAAGAAUGUUUUCUUUUUCUAAUGAUGCUUGGGCAAAGCUCAAAGCUAAAGCAACUACAGGGAAUAAUUUCAUUAGCUAAUGAUGUUCUGUGCAUGAGAUUAGAGCUCUCAACUAGGCCAAUCGAGUUGAAUUUUGAUCGAGACAAAUCCGCAUCUGCAAUUUGAGUCACUUGUAAUUCGAAUCAUUUGCGAUAAUUCAAUUUUAACAUAUAAAUUAUUUGGUUUCAAAUAA